AUGUCUCUCAACAACCUUGCGCACGUGUUCUCGCACCUUAAUAAUGUCACCAAGGCCCGGUUAGGCCUUACAUCCAUAGUCAACUCGAAAAUGCACCUCAAUCUGAUUCUUGCGAUGCAGCAACAAGGUCUUAUUGGCAGCGUUGUUCGCGGCGGAAAAUCCCCUCCGGCUCCUCAUCUUAUCCUGGGACAACCGACAGGGAGCGGUGAAUUGGUCGAGACUGAACCGGUCACGCAAGCAAACAUUGCAUCCAGACGCUUAUGGCUUGGUUUGAAGUACUGGCAGAGCGAGCCAGUUCUCGGCAAAAUAACCGCAAUCAGCAAACCCAAGCGCAGAAUUAACAUUGAUGUCGCGGGUCUUCGAAAAGUUAUUCGGGGCUCUCGAAGUGGUCCCGUAGAAGGAUUACGGUCCCCUGGAGAAUGUCUCUUUCUAGCAACCGAUCAGGGUGUGCUGGAAGCGCGACAAUGUGUCGAGAAGAAGGUCGGAGGUUUGGUUUUGUGCCGAGUUGAAUAA